AUGGGAGCCUGUUGUGAACUUAAUUUAAGUAAAGACUCUAAGUUUGUCAAAGAAACUUUAGACUAAAUCACGUUUAAAAAGAGCGAAAACUAAGUCUAUAGAAUUAAGCAUUAAAAGAUUUAUGAUGAUAUCAUUUAAUCAAUAAUCUCUAAUGAUCUUAAGGCCCUUGAAAGAUUAACUAAAUUCUCAAACUCUAAUAUUUAUAUUGAACAAGUUAGGGGCUUCGAAGGAACUAACAAAAAAAUAAUAUAGAGUAGUGCUAUAAAUGUCAAUAUGCUUAAUCCCCUCAUGUUUGCGGUUAUGUACUCAAAAUUAGAUGCUUUGAAGUUACUUAAUGAUGCUACUUAAGUGAAUUAUAAUUGUUGUCUAUCAAAUACUAAUUUCAAGAACGAAAUGACGGAGAAAUAGAAUAAUUUGUAUCCGGAAAAUGGCCAUUAAUUAACCUUAAUAAUGGUAUGUAUGAAUAAAGAUAAGAAGAUGCUUACUUAUUUACUAAAUGAUUUGUAUUUGAUUUGGGAUUGGUAAGAUUUUAAGAGACUCCUAAAAAGUAUCUUUAAGGACUAAUGGGCCGAAGGUAUUCCUAUAAUGUUUUAGUCUUGUGCCUUCAAGUCCCUUUGUUGUUCUGAGGAUUUGUCCAACCUCAUUGAAAUAUUUCGCUUAAAUGUAUUAGAGGUCUUAGAUAUGUACCCUAGCUAUGGGCACCUUAUUGAAUAGGUCUUUGAUAUUGUGUUGGAUUAAGUUUACUCGCGAGUGCUGUUGUUUUAUAUGAUGGACUAUCGAACAAUACUGAGCAGAUAAGUUUAGUUAUCUAAAAUAAUUCAAAAUAUCUCUCAGCAAGAUGUUCUCAGCGAUUCAAAUCUUUAUUAGUAGCUAUUAUUCACUCUAAAUGAAUAGCUAGAGGAUCAUGAAUACAUCUACGAUGAAGAUUAACAAAAUAUUUUGAUAGAGCUUUAAGAUGUGAUAAGAAGAUAUUAAGGUCUUAAGCAAGUUAAAUUUGCAGAUGUUAGUGCUGAAAUUAUGCACUAUAUUGCAGAAGGUUUAUUCAAAAAAGUAGUUGAAACUAUUGAGAACAAUUAAAUUUAUGAUGCAUGUUAGAUAAGAGAUAACUCUUCAGAGCCUCUACAAUUUGUUAAUAAAAAGAAAGAACUAUUAGCUGUGAUUGGUAGUGAAUCUGAAGCAGACUUUUGUAUUGUGAACGCACUCCAUCUAGCACUGUUUUAUGAAAGACAAGACAUUUUACAUUACUUUGUUUCAAAAAUGAAAGUAAAUUUAAUGAAAGCAAUCAGAGAUCCUAUUAAUGGCUCAAAGGUUAAAUUCUUAAUAAAUUUAGCCUAUGUAAAAAGAAAUAUGAAAUUAUUUAUUGGAAUAUGGGAGGACUAUGCCUAAUUGUUUGGAUAUUGUGACUUAUUAGAAGCAAUUCAAUUAUUAAGUUGCAAUAGCAAAUUCAAAUUAAGAAUGCUAGAUAAGUUACUCAUGUCUCGAAAUUCGAUCGCUAUUUUCUUGAAUUUACCUUUGAAGAAAAGAAUAAUUUUUAUCAAGGAAGUUUUUGACAAGAUUUAGUAGAUUGAUCUUACUUUAUCAGAAUACUAGGAUACUGAUUCAAGUUCUAUUCAAUUCCUUAAAAGCUAGAGUUAAUCUUAGGUGGUAUUGAACAAGCAUACUCCCUUGCUAGUUAGUAAGGGUAUGCCUCCAAUAUAGAAAUCUUCAUUCAAUGGGCAUAAAAUGUCAAUGCUUACUCAGGAAUCGACUCCUUCAGAUUUUCUAUAGAUACCUCAAGUUAAAAAUAGCUACGUGCUUGGAGCCACAAACUCUGAUUAAAGCCAACAAUUGGCUCAUGAAGAUACAAAAAAGAAUUUCGAACUUUAGUAGCGAAGUUCUAAGUUGAAAAAUCAAUUGCUAAUUAUGUUUACCAAAUAACCAUUUUCACUUUGCACUCUACUUUUGUCUCUAGAAGUAUGUCCUGAUAUAUUUAAAAGAAGUUUACUAGAGCUAACAGAGAGAGAUGUAGAUGACUUUAUGAGCCAUCUACCAGUUAAAGCGUAUAAGAUUUACUCUACCUCAAAAAUUUUUGCAAAGAGCUCAUACUUAGAAAAAUUGACGAUCGAAUAAAGAGAGUUUUAUCAUGCUGUUAAAGAUGAAUAUAGAUAGAUAGCAGUGAAAGUUAUGAAUCACCCUUUAUUUGAACAAGUAGAAUAAGCUUUUGUCAAACAAAAGGGCUAAUCUAUAUAAACAAAAGGGUAAGCCAUAAAUGAAUGA